AUGACUGCCGUGGAAUCUUUUCUGGAGAAGCUGCCCACUCUACUGGCCCGCCAUGCGAAGAGUUUGGAGCCGGAUAGGAGCAAGUCGAAGACACCUGCUGCCAAGCGCUUCGACGAGCUGACUGACCCAGUUUCCUGCUACCUAAAAGUGGUGCUUACAUGGACGAAAGUGGUGCAUUACAUAUGCACCUCAAUGCAGAUGAACCCCUGCGCAGGUGAUAAGUACCUCUGCGAGCCAGUGGCCAGAAUGUCAUUCAGCAUACUCUGCGGGCUGUCCAAGCUGCUGCCCACAUACAACGACGAGUUUGGAGGCUUCAAGCAUAUUUGCCUCACGCUCACCAUUGACGCACGCUAUGGGCUAUUCUACCAGGCGACUAGUCAACAUAUACUAAAACCCAUGCUGGACAUGUUUCGGGAGCACUUUGGGACAUUCUGCAGCGUGGAGAACUCUGCGCUAGACUUUGUCUACUGUGCUCUGGCUGUUGUGAUGGAGGACGAAGAUAGCUACAUCAUGACCUACGAGUUCCUGGAAAGUAUGCUCAAGCAGUUUUCCCAGGACCAGCAGCGUGAUCGAAGUGGCAAUCUGUAUCUACGUCUGUUUACCAAUGAGCUGAUCACUGAUAGGUUUCUGGCCCUACACUUUGAGGUUUUGAAGUCGAGUAAAUCCAAAGCCCUGCUUAUGGCCACGCUCCUGUACAUACGGACGCUUCAGCGACACAUUGUCAGUGCCGAACGGUUUCCAACGAGGUUCCACGAAAUUAUCCUGGAGCUGUUGCUUCGCCUGCCACAAGCUUUGACCAUGGUUUGGUCCAUGGCAGCGAAGCUCUACGUGGAAUUGGCCCAGCGCCUGUACAAUGAGAGGGAAAUAGUUAUGCACAUCUUGGAGACGUACGUCAAGUGUCAGUACAGCCCUCGCCGAAAUCCCAGCUUUGCGCAGUUCAGGGCCCAACUGACACGCUACCUAAAGACGAUAAUGGAGCAUUUUCCAGCAGUGCGGCGGUUCGAGGUCUACACGUUUGUGCUCACUUCCCAGCAAGUGCGCAUCGAACUGAGCGUCAUAGCCGCACAAUCCGUAUGCGUGCUCUUUGACCUCUAUUGGCUUGAAUAUUCCACCUCGGAGGAAGCUCGUAAAGAGGUGCACGAACUUCUGCGUACUUGGCCGUAUCUCAUUUCGUCGUCAACCCACCAAAGUGUCACCCGACCUGUGCUCUACAGUGUCUACAGCGCCGUAGAUUUUAUGGCUGUGGCUUCAAAUAAUUUCGAGCUGUUGCUGACACUGGAGACAUUCUGCCUGGAUAAGUUUCUACACGAUGAAACGCUAAGCGAUUCGGAAUUCAGCGGCCUCUACACAAAUCUAUCCCGCUCCGUGGAGGCAACUGGCAACAGACAGACACACAUAACCGCCGCAGGGUCUGUGCAAUAUCAGCACGCUCAGCUGCAGGCUCAGAUGAGUGCCAGUGACCUGGGGGCUGCACAGAGGAAGGAACUGCUGGAAGCCUAUGCCCAGUGCCUGCGUCGCUUGCACGCCCUUCUUAGGGCCAACAAGCUAAGCGGGGACCGUCUGGCUGAAAUGGUGGACUGCUUAGUAGUCAAUCUGCUGGAAAGACCACAGCAGAACGACAACCUGAGUAUCUUUGGCUCCGAAAGCUUGGCCUUCAUGCUCAUCAUGAUGCACAAGGAGCACAAGGAUGUGAUCGGCCUGGCCCAGCAGUUACGUGACUUCUGCGUUUAUGAGCUCUCGAACCCCACACAGGAGAGCUUUCAGCGAACCAAGUUUAUGUUCUGCUCCGUUGUCAUCCUGCACAUUGGCUUGAGGAAUAGUUUUCCUCUAGACGCUCCAACAUACGACGCACUCCUUAUGAGUCUGACAGUCACUCCGUCGGGAUCGCAGCCAAGUUGCGAUCAGCUCACCCAGAGUUAUAUUCAAGAGAAGCACUUGCUGUUUCGUCAAAUGCUCGCUUGCGAUCAGGUCGCGUUGCCCAACAACCGAAUUUGGAAAGCUCUGUUGCAGUACAAUGUGGUGGGAACUGCCUCGCAAGUCCUUCGGCCAGAGCUUGAUUUACUAGUCGGCGUUCUGAUAGAGCACCGCAUUCUCUGCUAUGUCCACUGUCUGUCGGUAAUCCAGCUGCGCUUCGGCAACGAAGCCAAUGUCAAUAAACGGAUGGCCGCUACGCUGAAUGCCCAUCUGCGGCUUAUUGAGGGCCAUGCCUCCGCCGUAGACGCUUGGCUUCUGCGUUGGACUGUUUUCAAUGGUUCGCUGAAUCUCUUGAUUAAAAAAAUGGGCACUGUAAGAUUGGAGGCAGCCAAUGUCCAAGGGAAUCGCUUGCUGCCGCUGCAGCAUCUGCAACUGAUUGUGGCCAAUAUGCGUCUGAAAGAAGCGCAUUUCCAGAAAAUCGCUCGCUCGAUUUGCAGCUUAAAAGAAGCGGCAGCUGGGCCCAAGGAGAGAGCAGAAAUCGACAGUUUCAUAAAUCAGAUCAGUGCGUUCAAAUAUCGCUGCGAGGAUGAGCACGCGGAGGCAUCAAUUAGUGCAGAUUUUGAGGGAAAACUGAUGUCAGUGCCGCCUGGUCCCAUGACCUUAUGGCAAUGCAAGGCCAUGGAUGAUUUUGAUCUCUUAAACGCUUCUGAAUAG